UGACUGAGUUUAUCACUUCAACACCGUCAUCUGUUUGUUUGUGAGGGUCGCAGUCCACAACUAUGGGAAUGUUUGAUUAUUUCUCCGUCAGAAUCCGCUAAAGUCCGCUGUUUUCUGCGGAUUUUGACCCUGAGAGACACAACAGGUGCUGUCCGACGCCCAGGUGUGAUUUGCGUGUUGGCCGGUGAGCCCCCCUGUGUGCUGUGUGUAUGAAUGGAUCAGGUUGGCAUGGGUAAUGCGGUUCAGGAACGCCAGGGGGCACUGACACAGGGAGAAGUGCUGCCCCGUCCCGCCGCCAGCCAAUCAGAGGGUUUCAAACAGGGUCGGUCGGUCUUGAACUCUCUGUUUUCUGGAGCGUUUGCAGGAGCUGUGGCUAAAACUGCAGUCGCACCGCUGGACCGAACCAAGAUCAUCUUUCAGGUGUCAUCAAAUAGAUUUUCCGCCAAGGAGGCGUACAGGUUAAUCUACCGCACAUAUCUAAAGGAUGGCUUCUUCAGUUUGUGGAGGGGAAACUCGGCCACAAUGGUGCGCGUCAUUCCUUAUGCUGCCAUCCAGUUCUGCGCACAUGAACAAUACAAGGGCAUUCUGGGACAGUAUUAUGGCUUCCAGGGCAAGGCUCUGCCGCCAGUGCCGCGCUUGCUGGCUGGAUCACUUGCAGGAACCACAGCUGCCAUGAUCACAUAUCCACUGGACAUGGUCCGUGCACGCAUGGCCGUCACACCCAAAGAAAUGUACAGUAACAUCAUGCAUGUGUUUGUCCGCAUCUCUCGUGAGGAGGGUCUGAAGACGCUCUACAGGGGUUUUACUCCCACUAUUCUGGGUGUCGUGCCGUACGCAGGACUCAGUUUCUUCACCUACGAGACACUCAAGAAGGCCCACGCAGAGCAAACGGGCCGCGCUCAUCCGUUCCCAUAUGAGCGUCUGGCGUUCGGAGCGUGUGCGGGUCUGAUCGGUCAGUCGGCCUCAUACCCGCUGGACGUGGUGCGCAGACGCAUGCAGACGGCGGGCGUCACCGGACACACAUACAGCACAGUCUCGGGCACCAUGCGGGAGAUCGUGGCGGAGGAGGGCGUCGUCCGCGGACUCUAUAAAGGCCUGAGCAUGAACUGGGUCAAAGGUCCCAUCGCCGUGGGCAUCAGCUUCAUGACCUUUGACCUCUCGCAGAUCCUGCUGCGCAAAUUCCAGCUCUUGGGAUAUAGCACACGGUAGCAGCACAUGGAGAAACCGCAGUCCUAAAGUAACAGAACAAACGCUUCUUUUUUUAAACCUGAGCAUAUGCUGCCAAUGAAUCGUGUGACGGGAGAUGAGGAGGGUUUGGUUUGAGAUUAGUGUGUGUGUUUGGACUCGCUGAAUGUAGACCUGCAGCACAGACUGAGUGCAAUACUGACUGAUUGAAUGAAUGAAUGUAUGAAUGAAUGAAUAAAUGACUUGAUGAAUGGAUAACUGAUUGAUUGAUUGAAUGAAUGAAGGAGUUAAUGACUUAUUGAAUAAAUGAAUGGAUGACUGACUGGAUGAAUGAAUGACUGACUGGAUGAAUGAAUGAAUGAAUGAAUGAAUGACUGGAUGAAUGGAUGAAUGGAUGAUUGACUGGAUGAAUGGAUGACUGAAUGAAUGAAUGACUGACUGGAUGAAUGAAUGAAUGACUGACUGGAUGAAUGAAUGAGUGACUGGAUGAAUGGAUUACUGACUGGAUGAAUGAAUGACUGACUGGAUGAAUGAAUGAAUGACUGGAUGAAUGAAUAAUUGAUCAUAUAAAUGAAAGACUGAAUGAAUGACUCAAUGAAUGAAUGACUGACUGAAAGAAUAAAUGAUUGAUUGAAAGAGUGAAUGAAUGACUAACUGAAUGAAUGAAUGACUGAAUGAAUGACUGAACGAACGAUUGAAUGAACGAACAAAUAAAUGAAUGUCUGGACAAAUUUAAAAAUGUAUUAAUGACCGAUUGAAUGAAUGACAGACUGAAAGAUUGAAUGAGUGAAAGAAUGACUCAAUGAAUGAAUGAAUGAAUGACUGAACGAAUAACUGAAUGAAUGAACGACUGAUUAAAUGAACGAAUGACUGACUGAUUGAAAGAAUGAAUGACUGACUGAUUGAAAGAAUGAAUGAAUGACUGAUUGAAAGAACGAAUAAUUGAAAGAAUGAAUGAAUGACUGAUUAAAUGAAUGAAUGAAUGAAUAAAUAAGUGAAUAAAUGAAUGACUGACAGACAAAAAGACUGAAUGCAUGACUGAAUGCAUGAAUGAAUGAAUGAAUGAAUGAACGAAUGACCGACUGACAGACGGACUAAAAGAUUGACUCAAUGACUGAAUGACUCAAUGGAUGAAUGACUAAGACUGAUUAAAUGACUCCAUGAAUGAAAGUACGAAUGGAUGAAUGACUGAAUGAACGACUGACUGACUGAAUGAUCAAACGAACGAAUAGCUUUGUAUGAAUGAAUGAAUGAAUGAAUGAAUGAAUAAUACGUUCUGCUUGUGCUUUUUGUCACAGAUGCAUGAUGGUCAUGAUACGUCCUGGUCAUACUUCACUCUAAAGUCAAAUUAUUAUUAUUAUUUUAUUAUUUACAAAAGUUUUCAUUUUACAAAAAUUGAAUUUAGUUUGAUUUUGGAAUUAUUACAAUUUAUUUGCAUUGUCCUUUCAAAAUAUUUAGUUUUUACAUAAUAAUUUAGUAUACUUUUAAUUUUAUGGUUUAAUUUGUGGUACAAAAAAAAUUCUAAUAAAAUAAAACUCGUUUUGGUACAGGUUUGAACUGUACAUUUAAUUGGGGAAAGUACAUUUAUAGUAACAUUUAUAGUGUAGAGUUAAUCUAUAAAUUAUAAAAUAAAAUAAAAAAAUCCAAAUUUUAUAUCACUUAAAUGCUUGAUUGCAAGCACACUUUAUGGUCCUGUUUGUUACAUUUAAUUAGGUUUACGCUCAUUUUGAUUUGAAAAUUAUGGCUAAAUACAUUUACCACAAUAAUGAAUGAUCAUAACAAUAAAAGUAAUGAAAUUCCCCAAUAAUGAAUAUAAGGAUUAAGUAAAAAAAACAACAACAUUGGACAAAAGUACAAAAAAUAAACACAUUUUUCCACAGUUAUAUAUUUAAAAGUAUAAUUUAAUGCAUGCUUUAUGGCGUUUCUUACUGUAUUGAAUUUAGUUUGAUUUUUAACUGCAGAAAAAAAACAAUUCCUCAAUUUGUGUAUUAAAUAAAAGCAUUUUAAGGUAUAAUUGACAUUUAUUAUUUGCUUUAUUCAAUUUUAAUUCUUUAAAAAAAGACAUUAUUACAACUACAAUUAUAACUAAUUGUAACAUACAGUUAGUAUACCUGAUAGUAUUAGGGUUUAAUUCCAAGCUAGUCACUUUAGUCUACUGGUAAUGGUGUAGAACUGAUUAAUUUCUACACUAAUUACAUUGAUUCUCUGCUUUACCUUACUCUCUAGUUCAGGGGUUCCCAAACUUUUCAGCCCGUGACCUGCAAAAUAGCAAUGCCAGUGACUUGUGACCCCAAAAUAUACAAGCUGUACACCAAUUCACCUAUAUAAACACAAUCAUUUUGACAAUUGUCUGUGAUAAAUCAGUGAUCAGCAGAGUAUAUAUGUUACAUUUAGGAAUAGUAUGGCUUGCGUUAAACCUAACUCGAGGUGAUAUAUAAAAACAUAUAAUGUACUAGGAACAGAACACAGUUAAAAAGCCCACAAAAGGGAGUCAAACCAAACCAUAUUAUGCCAUACCAUGCGGUGAAAAAGUGACAUUAUACUGUCAUCUAGACCAGGGGUUUUUAACCCUUUCGGACACACACCUCCCCAAGUUCGGACGAUUUUACUUGCGCCAAAAUUAUAAUGCAUGCGCAAAUGUCAUUCACAUAUUACUUGCUGCAUGUAAAGUUCAUAGCAUGAAUUUUGUUGAAACAUAAACGUAUAGAUUACCUGAUUCUGUGUGAUGACUGAGCCUGUUUCUGUGAGGACAACAUGGCUGGAUUCCUGACACGACUAACCGUAAAUCUUCCACUGUCAAAAAGUGAGCCAUAGCAACUAAUUUUU